AAUAGUGUAUCUCUUGAGCAAUGGAGAUAUAUGUACAUAUGUAUACUUGUCGACGAAAUUUUAAGAGCUUUGAUUUCCUUCGACAAAGGAUUUUAUUGAAUUGGAUCGAGAUUAACUGAUCGAGAUUAACAAAAAGAAAAAGAAAAAAAGAGAAAAAAGAAAAAAUAGCGAUCAAUUAUGAGGAAUUGUCACGUUGAAUUAAAUAUGACGAUAAAUAACAAAUACAGUAAUAUACAGUUUUUCAUAUUUUAUGAAAAAAGCUCAAACAGUUGAAAAAAAUAUAAAAGGAUACGAAAAUGUCGGAAAGCAAAGCAAAACCGGCAUCACCGCUACCACCGGCCGCUUCUAUACAAUGCUGUAAUAGCUUAACAGAUACAGUCCAGUGUCCAGCGCUUCAAGUGACAUCACGAAUGUUACGAUCGCCGAGCCACGAGAGCGUUACAACCGAUCUCUCUCUGUUUAGUGUCUCUUCUAUAGCAAGUGAACUGCGAGGGGUUAACAGACUCGCUAAUUUUAAAUCUUAUACCGAUAUACACCUUGCUGGUCGUGGCCCGUCGCCGAAACCUGACUCUCGUCAGGUUCAAACUAACAGGCCAGCAGAUAUACCAGAAAUUCUUUGGUUUGAGGAGGAAAACGAAUUAAUUCGUAGUUGCGGGGUACUUUCUUCGGCACUUGGUCUUCGCAAAAGUUUUAGCACUAGCGACGUAUCUCAACUGCCAAGCCCAGAUAUAUUGGGUCCGAGCGGGUUACGAUCAGCUGUGUCUACUUUGGCCCUCAACACUGCCCAAAGGAAUACUUUACUUUUGGAACAUGCGCGUCUUGAUCAUGCUUCAAGAUCCUGCAGUACGUGGGUUGCUGUCGGCGAACCAGUUGCGAACACGUCGCAGCUUCCUAGUCCUCAUGGCGGAGCUAUGCAGGAACAAUACCAACAACAAACGUCUGCUUCUCAGUCUACUCAACAACCGCCAACUACGCCACAUCCACCUAUACCUUUUACAGGAGCUGACUUUGUUAGGUCUGUGAACAAGAAAGUUCGCCAAAAUUACAUACGACGAAGAUUAUUAACGACAUAUCGCGCUUUGGAACGACUUUCACAAAGCGAAUUCAAUUUAGAUCAAUUGGAGAUGGUAGCGAGUGCAGCGCAAAGUGCUUCUGGAACUACAUUGCUGGUCCCCGGAGCAACAGCCACUGCCGGAGGACCCGCACUAUUGGGACAAAAGGAGCGAAAUCAUGCUUUAACCAUCAAAGAUGUUGAGAGAGAACGCGGAAAUCAAUUAUCGAAAUAUGAGAGAAACAUGAUGAUUUUUAACUGGCUGCAUACUCUUGACGAUACUGCUAUUGUUGACAGUAUAGAAUAAAUUGUUUUAAUCGUGCUAGAGACCGAAAGAUUUCACCGGUCGAUGGCAAAUGAAAACUCAUCAUGCCGCAGAAAAAAUGCAGGGGCAAAGAAAUGUUUUAUUUUAAAUAAAAAGAACAGAGGAAGCAUAUUACGGUGUACAGAAAGACGUAAGUCGCGUUACGAUGAAAGACGCGUGUAUUCAAAAUUCAGAAAUGCCGCCCAUAAGCGUAGUGGUUACGAUGGUGAUCACCAUGGCGAAACCAUGACGCAGAUUUUGCUAAGUAGUUAGCGACUGAAAAAUAUCUAACCGACUAUGUAGAUCUUUUGAUCUCUGGUAUAAACAUUUUGGGCAAUUAUAAUUAAUCUUUUCACCACGCUUAACGUUUCAUUACGAUAGGCACAAAAAUUUAUAUUGGACAUUACACAUUAAAAAAUUCAAAUUUCUCGCAACAAAUUGAAAACACUGAAACUUUAUUCAUUCUUUUACAAUUGAAAAGAUUAUUUUUAUAAUCCAUUGACGCAAUGGAUUAUAAUUUUACAAUACAGUGUUUCGAAAUGCACCAUUUAAAUGUGAAACAGUCGAGCGAGCGCAGCGUGUAAUGUCGCUUGUACUUAUUUCCGAGUGUCCCGAAAGACUAGUGCCAAAAUGAUAAUUGAGUAUUCAGCUACAGAUCAGAUAUAUAUAUAUAUAUAUAUAUAUAUAUAUAUAUAAUACGUACAUAUUACAUGAUGAAAAAGAUUCAACAUCGGAGGAUGUUUUAUAAGAGUUGGGAGAUAUCAACUAUUUGUUGUCUGUUAAGCAAAGUUAUAUAUAUCUAAUACUGUUGAUUUUGUGACUCUGUAGGAUUUCUAGUUAACAAACAUAUGACUGUCACCACGCACGGUUACUGUUUAUGUAAUUUUACGAGAUUUUAUAUCACAAUGGACGCUUUAGUCCCUCUUUUCGCUAUAAACUAACUAAAAAUUCUAUUGUUCAUCAAACCAGAUUCUUUCGAAUAGUUCUUUCCGCGUAUUACAAAUUGUUCAAAGUGGCCCUCACAUCCAAAUGCAGUUUCUGCGUAUACAUCAACUAUUUUACGUAACUUUAUAAAUAAAAAUCAAACAGCCAAACAUGCUAGUGCUCUAUAAAUACCCUUUUUUUUUUUUUUAAACUCCCAUCAAAGGUUUAAAUGUUGUAUAUAGAUUUGAGGCAAUACGUUGUAUUGGGAUACGGUCGUUACUAUAUUUUUGAGAAAAUAAAUUAAUCUUAGGGAAAAGCUUACGUAUUUAAAAGAAUUGUUAUAUUUUAGUUUCAAUUUAUUAGCAGUAUAUAAUCAAGUAUGAAAAGUUAUAUAUAAAAUACUUUGCUCUAGGAUCAAGAAUAGAAUAUGCACAAACACGUACGUGUACGCGUGUACGUUCGAAGCAUAAAUUUGUUGUCGUUUUCAAAUAUUACAAGAGAGGAAAGAGUUACCGAUUAAACAAUUGUUUAGAAUUGUUUUAAGUUCAAGGCAAAUUAAUGGACAGUCUUAAGUUUUAAUUUGUAGUUGAAAAAAUAUUUCAAAGUUCGAAGAAUUGUUACUUGUUUUUAAAAUGUUGACCUUAUUCUUCGACGUUUGAAGAAUUUCUUAUGAAAUUAAAUUUAAACAGAGAACAAGAUAUAAACGUUUUCAUUUCAUUGUAUGUGUUGUAUAAUUUGGCAUCUUUUAAUAAGACAGUCAUUUGUUUAUCACUCAUCGACUUUGCAGAACCAUAAAAUCAAGAGUAUUGUACAACUUUAUUUGAACGACUCGACACUUUAUUAAUUGUAAGGUCACAAUGGCUCCUCGUUGUCUUUUAUAAUCUUGAUUGAACAGCUUUGUCUUACUUGUAAUAAUAAUUAUCAUUACGUCGUGUUGAUGCUUUUGACUUUUCAAUGCACAUUAUUGUACGCACGAACAAACUUUUUAUUUUAUUUAAGCGAUUUAACAUGUGAGAUUGGUCAUUGACGAUAUACAGUUUGUCACAAACAUAUUUGGACACUGGAAUAGAUUUGAGUGGUGUAUUUUGUAUUUUAAAUAAAUAAAUACAAUUGAUAAAAAAAGGAUGUAUCAUGCUAUGCUAGAGUAUAAUUUCUAGAUUACAAAAAUGUAAAAAUUUUGUAUUUCUUACAUAUGAUGGUUUAAAUAAUAAAGAGAAAUGGAAGAUUA